GUAAAUAAGAUAAGAACUUCUCUCAAUCCCGGUGUAAAGAAUACACCGCAAAAGUGAAUAAGUCACACUAAUGUAGGUGCAUUGUUUAGCGGCAUAUUCAAAGAAAUGUUUUCCUUAGAAACAGGAAUGUGCCUGCUAUGGAUUCUCCAGUUUUACACGCAAGUAUACGCUCAAGACAUUCAUAUUGAACAAAAAAUUAUGAGGGACAUCUCAGAGAAAUGGUUCCUUGUCAAUUCGAGUCAUCAGUACGUCUUAAUUUACGACAAUCUUACGUCAAUCAAUGCAUUUCGAGUGAAGACCACAUCGAUCGACGCCGAACGAACGAAACCCAUCCUGAUCGUAGCUCGACAAGAAAAGCAAGUGACUGCUUGGUCAAUACCCUUGCUCGUCGAAUCUCCAUUAAUAGCCUCAAAUCAAUCGGAGUAUUCCUAUCACACGGCCUCUAAAACCCUAUGUCACGAUUACAUGGAUGACAUCAUAUCGUCGCCAUUUUCGUUCGGGCCCCUGCACCUGGCCCAGAACUUCAUCAUCAGCCUGUCGACGUCCAGCAGCAAGUCGCUGAGGAUAUCGGUGGAGUUGAAGGAAGAGAAGAAUUUUUUCGUGGAAUUGAACAAAACCUAUUCGCUGUCCGUGUCGCCCAGCGAGUCGAGAUACGUCUUCUACAAAUUCGACAGCAACACGUCAGAUACAGUGGUCGUCGAGGUGGAAUCCGACGACGAGAAGUGCCUUAUCGUUUCUGUGCAGGACAGCAAAUGUCCCGUAUUCGAUUUGAACAAAGAUAUAAAGUAUGAGGGAAUCUACGAAACCAUCAACACCAAAGGAGCCAUUACCUUAGCUAGAAGAAGAUACGUCGGGGGAUUUUUCCUGGUGUUCGUGGCCAAGCCAGACAACUACGAAUGCAGCCAACGCAAUUCUUAUAUACCCAGAUUGACGAGGCCGGUGUUCCACACCACCUAUAGAGCCAUUAACGCGUCCAAUAUCAAAUUCAAAGUGAGAAACGGCAUAACCGCCAAAAAUUACGCGAUGGCCAUCACCAUCACCAUCGCCAUACUGUUGGUGGUGGCUCUUUUGAUCCUAUUCGCCGCCUUGAUUUCCCAUCGGUACGGCACCAUAUCGAAGAGGGGACACGAAGAUGUCGACGUCCAGGAGAAUUUCAUGCAUGUUUCCAAGAAAAACGCGCCUGGAAUCCUGAGAACCAUCGAUUUAAAUUUGUCCCUGCUGGCCGGAUGUCCGGAUGUGAUCAAACGGAGAUCGUACAAUUACCUGUGGCACACUUUGAGCAUCGCCAUAUUCUACAGCAUACCCGUGGUGCAGUUGGUGUUUACCUACCAAAGAAUUGUGAAUAAAACCGGUGACGAGGAUAUGUGUUAUUACAACUUCCUUUGCGCCCAUCCCUUGCUCGGCUUCAGCGAUUUCAAUCACAUUUAUUCCAACUUGGGUUACGUUAUAUUCGGUAUACUCUUCAUUUGCGUCGUUGUCGACCGACAUAGGCUCAUCAAAAUACGGAAAAUUAGAGGAAUUCCAGUCCAUUACGGUCUCUUCCACGCCAUGGGCGUCGCUUUGAUCAUCGAAGGACUGCUAUCGGCUUGCUAUCACAUUUGUCCGAGUCAAACCAAUUAUCAAUUUGAUACCAGUUUUAUGUACGUAAUGGCUGUUUUGAGUAUGGUGAAGUUGUAUCAGAAUCGCCAUCCUGAAAUUAACGCGACCGCUUACACUACGUUUACAAUACUAGGUUUGGCCAUAUUUAUGGCAAUGAUAGGCAUAUUGAACGGAGAUUUGGUUAUAUGGAUAACAUUCGUGAUUUGUUACUCGAUAUUGGUUGUAAUAUUGUCGUUUAAAAUUUACUUUUUAAAUUACGUUAUCAUCGGAUUGAACGAAUUCCGUACGACGUUAACGAAUGGAGAAUCCAUCUCGAAAGCAAUUAUGCCUAUAAGGAAAACUCGAUUUUUACUAUUAGUAUUGGCGAAUGUAGCGAAUUACUCCAUGCUGGUGGUAGGUUUGUUGUUGUACAACAGCAACUUUACCGAUUUCGGGACGUUCCUGUUGGGUUUGCUGAUGGGCAACGCGAUCAUCCACACCGUAUUUUACACUUCCAUGAAGUUGGUGAAUCAUGAAAAAAUGUGCCCCGAAGCUAUUUGCUACGGCCUGCUAAGCAUAGGAGUUUGGGUAUGGUCUAGCAUUUACUUCUUCGAUGCGGCCACUUUAUGGACGGUGACUCCGGCGGAAUCGAGACAGUGGAAUCAGGAUUGCGUGCUGUUCGAAUUCUUCGACAAGCACGACGUUUGGCACCUCCUCAGCGCACCCGCCCUUUACUUCACCUUCAUGUACCUGAUGGUUCUCGACGAUGAUAUAAUAGACAAAAAGCAUAUGGACAUACCGGUGUUUUAAUCGCAAUAGAACGGCGAGUUCGCGACUUGUGAUAUUUUUUAGUAUCAAUAAAAGCUAAUUUUUUGUAACGA